GAAACCGGAAGUGCUAUGGCCGCUACAUGAAGUGAACAGUUCCUGUCUGCUGCUGAGGCUGUCAGGACUCUGAACUGAGGAUAAAACAAUAAUAAUAAAAGUAUUAACUGUAAUAAUAAAGUGCGAGGAUGAGUGAGGAACAUUACCUGGAGCUCUGUGAGAACCCGGUACAGUUUGAACAUGCUUCCAGCGUCAACAAUGUCUUCUUCGACGAAGCUAAUAAGCAGGUGUUUGCGGUGCGUUCAGGUGGAGCCACGGGAGUAGUGGUCAAAGGCCCAGACGACAAGAGCAGUGUUGCCUUCAGAAUGGACGAUAAAGGAGAAGUUAAGUGUAUAAAAUUCUCCAUUGGAAAUAAGAUUUUGGCGGUUCAGAGGACUUCAAAGUCUGUGGAUUUCAUCAACUUCAUACCUGACUAUCCACACACAGAGUUCAGCCAGGAAUGCAAGACGAAGAACGCAAGUGUUUUGGGUUUCUGCUGGACAAACUGGAACGAGAUUGUGUUCAUCACUGACCAGGGGAUAGAGUUCUACCAGGUGUUUCCUGACAAGCGCAGUCUGAAGCUGCUGAAAAGUCAGAGCAUUAACGUGAACUGGUACCAGUAUUGUCCAGAGACGGCCGUCAUCCUGCUGUCCACCACCGUGCAGGGAAACAUCCUGCAGCCCUUUGCUUUCAGGAAUGGGACAAUGUCCAAGAUGUCUAAGUUUGAGAUUGAACUGCCGGUCGUCCCCAAACCUGCCAAACUCAGCCUGUCAGAGAGGGACAUCGCCAUGGCAACCAUUUAUGGUCAGCUGUAUGUGAUGUAUCUGAAGCAUCACUCCAGAACAGCCAACAGUCCCAGUGCAGAAGUGGUGCUCUAUCACUUACCGAGGGAGGGUGCAUGUAAGAAGACUCACGUGUUGAAGUUGAACACGACGGGGAAGUUUGCUCUGAACAUCGUUGAUAACCUGGUGGUGGUUCAUCAUCAGAGCUCCCAGACGUCUCUGAUCUUCGACAUCAAGCUCAAAGAACCAGACUGUGCUGUCAACACACACCAACCUGUCCUACCUGCUCGCUCUAUACACCCCUACAGGAUACCCCUCGCAGGUCCAGCAGUUGUUCCGUCUCAGCCUCCAGUACCAUGUCAGCUCUACUCUUCCUCCUGGAGUGUCUUCCAACCUGACAUCAUCAUCAGUGCCAGUGAAGGUUACUUGUGGUACUUACAGGUGAAGUUGCCUCCAACUGUCAACCUGCUGCAGGACAAAGGCAAACUGAUGGACUUCCUGUUGCGACGAAGAGACUGCAAGAUGGUCAUCCUGUCUGUCUGCUCACAGAUCUUGGAAGGCGGGGAGAAGGGAAGUCUUCCUGUUGUGGCAACCGUCUUCGACAAACUCAAUCAGGUGUAUAAAGAAUACCUGGAGGCAGAGCAGACCUACACUGUGGCGAUGGAGUCCGGUCCGAGUCGAGGCAGUGCAGCCCAGAAGCGUCCAAUCAGAACUCAGGCAGUCAUUGACCAAUCAGACAUGUACACACACGUCCUGUCAUCAUUCACAGAGAGGAAGGGUGUCUCCCAUAAAUUCAUCAUUGCGGUGCUGAUGGAGUACAUCCGCUCUCUGAACCAGUUUCAGAUCACUGUGCAGCAUUACCUGUACGAGCUGGUGAUAAAGACGUUGGUGCAGCACAACCUCUUCUACAUGCUACACCAGUUCCUCCAAUAUCACGUCCUCAGUGACUCCAAACCACUGGCCUGUUUACUUCUGUCUCUGGAGAGUACGUACCCUCCUGCACACCAGCUGUCACUGGACAUGCUGAAGCGUCUCUCCACAGCCAAUGAUGAGAUUGUGGAGGUUCUGCUGUCCAAGCAGCAGGUUCUGGGCGCGCUCAGAUUCAUCCGUAGUGUCGGUGGCCAUGACAACGUGUCAGCCAGGAAGUUUCUGGACGCAGCACGGCAAACCGGAGACCAGAUGUUGUUCUACACUGUGUUCAGGUCAUUCCAGCAGAGAAACCAGCGGUUGAGAGGAAGUCCCAGCUUCAACCCCGGAGAGCACUGUGAGGAGCAUGUUGUUUACUUCAAGCAGCUGUUUGGGGAUCAUGCUCUGAUGAAACCCUCCACUGUGUAAAUCACCAGGACCAAAAACACACACAGACUACACUUAGCCGGACGUCAGCAGACUGGAGUCUCCCCCUCCGUCAGUUUGGCCUCACAGAAAACUCAGGAGACAACCUCAUGGGUGACAAGCCAACACAUAGGUUAAAUGUACACUCAUAUUCAAUGCUCAAUAUCAUUUUUUAUUAUGCUGUUUGUGUUUGCACAAAUAAACAUGUAUCCUGAUUAUACUGUGGCAUGUAAACCUGAUCCAAGUCUCUAAUCCCAUACAUACAUUAGAUAAUUAGUCUGACUUAUCAGAUAAUUUGGUACUUAAACUUGAUCAGCACAGGAUAUUUUAAGAUGAUAAUUUUAUCAUGCAUCAUCAUACUCAAAGUAAAAGUAUUACUGACCUGCUGCAUGUCCCGCUUUCUGCUGGUUUCUUAUAUACACAGAGUCAGAGAUGUACCUGCACAGGUGAUCAGAAUCCUUGAGAAUGACAGAAUCAUAUAAACAGGGACAUCAUUAAUUGGGUUACUUUGGUCUUUAUAAAUGUCUUCAUUCAUCAGAAUAUGAACAAAUCUGAAAAUAACUGUAGCCAAUGUCAACUGAUGUCAGCUGUCAGAGGCUGAAUGUUGUUAUGCCUGUAUGAAUAUUUUGUACAUAUUACAUAAUGUGUUCAUUUUUUAAAGAUAAUGUAUUAUUGUGUUCCUUACAGUCACCACUUCUUAAUUCUUCACUUUUAAAUCAAACUGCAAUGAACUGUAUAGAGUAACCUUGGAAAUAUGUUGUAAUGUUUUUGUAAAUGGGUCUAACAUAUAUAAAUAGUGUAUGUACAUUAUGCGUGUGACUAUUUAAAUGUUUACAGCUAAUAAAAGAUUAAAAUACA